AAGCUAAAAUUGAAUGGAGAAUAUUAAGGGACACAAAAAGUUUAGUUACAAGUGUGACAAUAAUAUCCAAGAGGGGAAAGUGAUUGAAUGAACAUAAGAGAAGACAUAUGGAUUGGAUAGAGUUGAGAUUCUCAUCUGAUCUCAUAUGAUUGAUUGAGAUAAAAGUGGAGAUUACGUGCACUCUAAUCUAACCGUUCUUUUCUUUCUUUGUCCUCUUCUUCUAUCUACGUACUACACACAGCUUCUUCCACAACUCUGCAGUUAGUUAGUUACUUACUUAACGGUAUGAGACUGAGCGCGUAAGAACCACUUGCCGUUACAAUGACGCUUGUUUCACUCUUCCUCACCGCCACCAAACUCGCCGGAGCUAUAGUCACUCUCACCGUCGCCGCCAAUGCCUUCUCUUUCUCUCGUUUCCGCAACAAAAACCUUAACCGUUUUCGUUCCCCUAUUGAUGAAUCCUCUGAUACCCUCGCCGAUUUCAACAUUACAGAAGGAGAAGAUGGGUUUUUCUUUGGGUUGGCGACAGCACCGGCACAUGUUGAGGACAAACUUGAUGAUGCUUGGAUUCAAUUUGCUGAGCAAGAAAGUGUUGUUGGUUCUGAGCAGAAAGUGGAUGCUUUGAUGGGCUCUGCCACUGCUGACGGUGGGUCUCAACAAGCUGUAUCAUCUCCACAACAUGCUAGGAAGGGAAACAAGAAGUCUCUUAAGGUAGCUAUGGAGGCCAUGAUCAGAGGAUUUGAGAAAUACAUGGAAGUAGAUGAACAUGAAGGCGAAGAAGAAAUCAUUCCUAAUGUAACUGCUUGGCAUAAUGUACCUCACCCGGAGGAGAGGUUAAGGUUUUGGUCUGAUCCUGAUAUAGAACUAAAAUUGGCCAAGGAUACUGGUGUUACUGUUUUCCGUAUGGGAAUUGACUGGUCAAGAAUCAUGCCCAAGGAGCCAGUAAACGGCCUUAAAGAAUCUGUUAACUAUGCUGCAUUGGAGCGUUAUAAAUGGAUUAUCAGUAGGGUUAGAUCAUAUGGAAUGAAGGUGAUGCUCACUCUUUUUCAUCACUCACUUCCCCCCUGGGCAGGUGAUUACGGAGGUUGGAAGCUGGAAAAGACGGUGGAUUAUUUCAUGGACUUUACCAGGCUUGUUGUUGACAGUGUAUCAGAUUUAGUAGACUAUUGGAUAACAUUUAAUGAGCCCCAUGUCUUCUGUAUGCUUACUUAUUGUUCUGGCACCUGGCCUGGUGGACAUCCUGAUAUGCUGGAGGCUGCUACUGCCACACUUCCUACAGGUGUUUUCCAGCAGGCCAUGCAUUGGAUAGCUGUUUCUCACUUGAAGGCAUAUGAUUACAUCCACGAACUCAGUAACUCAUCAAAUCCAUUAAUUGGCGUUGCACAUCAUGUGUCGUUUAUGCGGCCCUAUGGUCUGUUUGAUAUUGCUGCUGUUUCAUUGGCUAAUUCAUUGAGUCUCUUCCCAUUCAUCGAUGAGAUAUCCAAAAAGCUGGACUUUAUAGGCGUUAACUAUUAUGGCCAGGAAGUGGUUUCAGGUGCUGGCCUAAAGCUGGUGGAAAAUGAUGAGUACAGUGAAUCUGGUCGUGGGGUAUAUCCUGAUGGCUUAUAUCGCAUGUUGCUUCAGUUCCAUGAAAGAUACAAGCAUCUAAAUAUGCCCUUCAUAAUUGCUGAAAAUGGAAUUGCAGAUGAAACUGAUUUGAUCCGCCGGCCGUAUCUCUUGGAGCAUUUGCUUGCUGUUUAUGCAGCUAUGAAUGAGGGUGUGUCUGUGCUUGGUUACCUAUUCUGGACUAUUUCUGAUAACUGGGAGUGGGCUGAUGGAUAUGGCCCCAAGUUUGGACUUGUUGCAGUUGACAGGGCAAAUAAUCUUGCACGGAUCCCUCGCCCUUCUUACCAUCUGUUUUCUAAAGUUGUGAAUAGCGGUAAAGUUACACGUGAAGAUCGUGAAAAAGCUUGGAAUGAACUUCAAAGAGCUGCCGAAGAGAAGAAGACAAGACCAUUUUAUCGGGCUGUGGACAAAAAUGGUUUAAUGUUAGCAGGUGGACUUGAUGAACCGAUACAGCGACCUUAUAUAGAAAGAGAUUGGCGGUUUGGUCAUUAUGAGAUGGAUGGCCUGCAAGAUCACUUAAGCCGCUUCUCAAGAUUCACUAUUCAACGAUUAUCCCUAAAAAGGAAAAAGAAAUAUCAAAAGAAGGAAUCGGUUCUUAACCCUCUUUGAACUUGAACUUAGCCAUCGAUAACUUAUCAAAUCUCAUCGAUCCCUUUACUACUCAAAGUAACUUGUAUACAUACUUCAAAAUGCACAGCCAAAUGGCUCAGCUUUCUAGUAUAUGAUACCCUCAAAGUAGAAUGAUAUUCAAUGUGAGGGAAUUUUGCAUAUGGAUCCUCGGCAACGACUUUAGGUGCUGUCUGCAUUAUAGAUCCAUUUUGGAGAAUUUCUCGCUUAUUGAAAUGGAAGAGAAUUGCAUUCGGGACUGCAUUAUAUAUCAAGGUUGUAAAGUUUGUCUUCCAGAUUUGCUGCAUUGUCCAUAUAUAUUAUAAUGCAGAUGAGUUUUGUGACUUUUAAGAUGAUUUUAGUUGUGUGCUCAUCUGCUGUGCUUUCAUUCAUGCCUGUAAUAAUAUAAUACACCAAAAGUAUUUGUUUUCAAGGUGUAUAGUUUAUCUGUUGCAAUCAACAGUAAUACUUAUAUGAAAAAUGUGACUAUGAAUUAAAAAAUAUUUCCAAUGAAUUCAUAUUGAAGAUGUAAA